CAUGUUGCGUCAGGACACACAAGCAGAGGGAUGGCACAGUGAUGAGCAAACUUGGCCAUGAUGACGCCUGAGCUCUGGAGCUAAGCACUGGAUAUCUGAUCUGAUGCUCGACGUGUUACAGGAGAUGAGAGCGUGGGACAUGGCGGCUUUUUUGUGGCAGGGCAGGAUGAGGGCCUCCGGAACAUGGAUGCAUCUAUGAAGGACGGGGACCUCUGUGGCACUCUCUGAGCGAGACGCUGACCAAGUGGGAGGGACAUUUGGGUUCCUCUUGUGUCUCAAGUCCCGUCUCAACCAUGAGAUUGGCCCUCCUGGCCUUAAGACUGAUGUGCUUGGCCUGGCUGUGGCCUGUCACUCAGCUCAACAGCAGCACUUUCCCCAAAAAGAGGAGGCACAAGGAGCUGCACGUCGGAGAGAACACUAAACUAAAGCAUGGAGACACUAAGCUAAAGCACGGAGGAAGAGUUGAUCUUAAGAUGAAAAAGCUGGACAGCACAAAGUCUCUGUUAAUUAAGUCUGAGCAGCUGCUUCGGAUUGAAGAUCACGACUUUGCAAUGCGCCCAGGUUUUGGAGGCUCAGCCCUUCCUGUUGGCAUAGACGUCCAGGUGGAGAGCAUUGACAGCAUAUCGGAAGUAAACAUGGACUUUACAAUGACACUUUACCUGAGGCACUACUGGCAGGAUGACCGACUGGCCUUCCCCUCUAGCAGCAACAAGAGUCGCACAUUUGAUUCACGCCUUAUCAAGAAAAUUUGGGUUCCAGAUGUGUUCUUUGUCCAUUCCAAACGCUCAUUUAUUCACGAUACGACCAUGGAAAACAUCAUGCUUAGAGUUUUUCCUGAUGGCAACAUUCUCUACAGUGUCCGGAUCACUGUGACAGCGCUCUGUUCAAUGGACUUUAGCAGUUUCCCUUUGGACACACAGAACUGCUCCCUAGAGCUGGAGAGCUAUGCAUACAAUGAGAAUGACCUAAUGCUCUACUGGAAGAAUGGGAAUGAUUCGUUGAGGACUGAUGAGAUUGUGCUCUCUCAGUUUUUUGUUGAAGACUUCCAGCCUUCCUUUGGGCUUGCCUUUUACAGCAGCACUGGUUGGUACAAUCGACUCUACAUAAACUUCAUUCUAAGGCGGCACAUCUUCUUCUUCAUGCUGCAGACCUACUUUCCAACCAUGUUGAUGGUCAUGCUAUCCUGGGUUUCCUUCUGGAUAGACAGGAGGGCUGUGCCUGCACGGGUCUCUUUGGGUAUCACCACAGUUUUGACCAUGUCCACCAUCAUCACUGGCGUCUCAGCCUCCAUGCCGCAGGUUUCAUACGUCAAAGCUGUGGACAUCUACUUAUGGGCCAGCUUCCUGUUUGUCUUUCUGUCUGUCAUUGAAUACGCUGCCGUCAACUAUUUCACCACGGUGGAGGAGAUGAAGAAGCUCAAGAACGCAAAGAUUCCCAGCUCCUUUAAUGCUAACCAGGCUAUGGCCUUCGAUGGGUGUUUCCAUGACAACGACAUUGACCUGCCCUCUUUUCCCGAGGGGACCAGCACCCCGAACACAGAGAGAAACACGCAAUCGCGAAACUCCACCGUCUCUGCGCCUUCAGAAGGGACCAGGCUUCGCCGCCGGAAAACAAUAAAACACAACCUCAACUUCAUUAUGAGCAACAGCUACAUGAUUGACUCUUACUCCAGAGUUAUAUUUCCUAUGGCUUAUCUGCUCUUCAACAUCCUUUACUGGAGCUUGUAUGCAUAGGGGAACGAAUGAGAGGCACAAUAAAGUGUUUUUGAAGAAGUUCCCAAUACAGUGCACUGUAAUAAAAAAAAAAAACAACACACACAAACACAGCAUGUCCUGUUUAUUACCGUAUGUCUCAAAUAUGUCUGUGCUAAGAACUUCCACUUUUGAAGGUUUUACAGGUCUGAAAAAGUAUGUGGACUAAAGUGGGGCAGAGUAGGAAAACAUGUUUGAAUGGAUGUCUCUGUCUGUUUUUGAUUGGCAGUUUUUUUUACAGAGACCUUUUUAGACAAUCUUGUGUUUUUUUUUCUUUUUGCUGAAAUGACAUAUUAAAUUAUUUAUUUAAAUAUACAGCUAAACGUUUAGAACAAUAAAUACUCUCUAAAGUUUUUGUGUUAUUAUUUUUUUUAUGCUUCAACUAUUUAUAACAAUCUUUAUUAACCUAUUCCCGUUUCAAUCAAUUGCUCGAAUGCCUGGUUGAAAAAAUACACAAUUUCUUAAUGAGUUUCUGGAUACAGUAUACAGUAUACUCCAUUUUAUUUAUAAGAAUGCCUGUGGCAUUGUGGCUACUGGGUUAUAUUAAACCAAAUGGUACAUUUUCAUCCGGUUUUAGCCAGCUUUGUAGGAACAAUAACGAAACUAAAGUCUAAAUAUUGGUGUUGUCCUUUGUCUGACAAAAACUAAAUUGAUGGAUGUCCCGUCACUAACCCACAGUUCAAACAGCAACACUCAAAAGAAAUAGAAAAUUGAAUAUGCUGUUUGGUUGUACAAUCAGAAAAUUGUAAAAACACAAAACAAAAAGAGAAAACAAACAGAAAAAACAUGAAUACAAUUCAUAUUUGAGAUUUAAUUGCACAUUUUACAACAGUUCAAUUUUAAAAUCUGACAAUUACACACUUUAAUGGAAAUGUCCCCACUGUAAGACAAUAAAUGUUAAUCUUAAAUAUAUUUAUUUCAUUAAAAACAAAGAAUACUAAAUUUACGGAUUUUAAAUAAAACAGGACCUUCUUUUAGUACGGAAACAGGAAUACAUUUUUUUAUCCUGACAUCUUUAUAUCAAACAUUCAAAAAAUCAUAACUCAAUAAAAAAGUUAAGCUUUUAUAAACAUACUGUUUUAUGCUGUUUCAAAUUGCUUGAAGUUUAUGUUGUAUGGUAAAAUAAUCAACAUUCAUUGGAACAACUGAGUAAAUUAUUGGGUCAUCCUUCUUGACCUUGUCAUCACCUCCCCCACACAUGUAGUUCUCAUGAGCACAAAAUAAAUCAAUAAAGUGAAAUUAAGUUUUAAGUUGAAAUUGCUCCUGAAACCAGCCUCCAGUGGCAAAUUUUAGGACAUUUAACACGUAUAGUCAAGCUUUAAAAUUCAGGAACGUAAUUUGAGGGCUUGGUGAUAACAGCCAAAGACAGAAGCAGAAGUCCAGACUAGACCCAUGUUUAUUUUGUAUAAAGGGAAAUCCCAGUUCUUUGUUUGAUGCUAUCCAUCACUUCCCUUUCGAUGAAAUUUUGGCCAAGUUUUCUUAAAAACAGGAUUUAAAAUUAAAGCUUUAAGCUUUGGCUGCCAGGCUUCACAUAUGAUUAACCUUUGUGCUAUCCUAUGACCCCACCCUUACAUUGACGUGUUCUCCCUACCAUGACAAAGGUGG